CAUUUGAUCUGUCAACGUGGAGGAGCUGGUGAAAGAACUCCAACAGCCAAAUAAUUCGUUAGAACAUUUAGAUAUUUGAGAUUCUGUGUGCAAUUUCAUCGUUUAAAGUGCCAACAAAAUAUUAAAUAAAAUAUCCAAGACAAACAAUAAACUAAUAAAACACUUUAUUGUGUAUCGUGUGUGAUUUGCAAACUUUGAUUGUAGAGAGAAAACGCACGUGCUUGUAACCACAGGCCCACGCCAUCAAAAUGAACACACUACAUGCCCAUACCCUGUUGCUGUUGGCCAUAUGCUGCCUCGGCUACAUCUCCUGCUCACCAGUUAUUGGCCAGGAGCCACGCAAUCCAGUGGCUUCAGAUGGUGAUGCCGAAAAUGAUGCGGUCGAUGCCCUGAUCGGAACAGCCAUUGACGAUGGCGGCGACAUUGAUAAGCGUGUGGAGCGUUAUGCUUUUGGUCUGGGACGUAGAGCCUAUAUGUAUACCAAUGCUGGUCCGGGAAUGAAACGUUUGCCGGUCUAUAACUUUGGUUUGGGCAAACGAUCACGACCCUACUCCUUUGGAUUGGGCAAGCGCAAUGACUAUGACUACGAUCCGGAUAGCGAGAUGGACUUUAGAAUGGCGCCGGCGAAUUACAUUCCAGCUGAACGGGCAGCUCGUCCAGGUCGCCAAUCCAAGCGUACAACGCGCCCACAGCCCUUUAACUUUGGCCUGGGACGACGUUAGGCUGGUUGAUUCUAUGGAAAAUCUAUUGAAGUCACAAAAGUGGCACACACACACAAACAUAAAUAUCCAGCCGUGUGUGCCAUUUAUCAAAUUAACACCUAUAUAAUAAUAACAAAUUGUCAUAGAAAGGCAAUAAGAUUUAAAAUAAAAAAAACAACUCUCUCAACUUUUAAAUCUAUAUGUCAAAAAGGAAUUAAUUUAAUUUAAAAAUCAUUUUUAAUGAUGGCGAAA